UGGUAUUGGUAUCCUGGUCGAUUAAAGAUGGGUGGGUCAGGGUGGCGUAGCUACAGUGCCCUUGGCACGGACAAGGAACCGGGCACAGCAGUAGACUUCAUACACCACUUCCAGAACGUCCUGGACAACAUUGAGCAAGAGGACACCCGAUGGAAAGACAGCUGGACGAAAGAACUGGAUCUUGUGAAGCAAGAGAUUGACUUCCUGAAGAGGGAUGGAGAGAAACGUCGCCGAGCAUCGGAGCUCCUGCAAGUGGAAUUGACAAACUUCAGAGAUGAAGCAAAAAGUGAGAGCCUUGACUGGCAGACUAAGAUCAGUGGGGAGGUGACUGUUAUGUCUAAGUACGUGGUGGGGCUGAAGAACAGCGUGUCCCACCUGAAGAGCGACCAACAGCACCUCAACCAGCGCAUGGAGGCCCACGAAAACAACACACAGCUGAAAAGGGAGGUCACUGACUGGCUCCAGCGAGAGCUCCGGACGCGCCUGGGAGAGGACACGGCAGCUGUAGUACUGCGGCCUGAACUGCAGGUGGCGCUGGAGGCCCUGGAGCACAGGCUACUGCGGCGUGUCUCUCUUGACCAACACAAGGAGCCCAGUGACGUGUGGAGAACGGUGGGAGAGGGCCUGCAAGAGGAAGGACUAACAGCCCUUACGGUCAAGAAUGUCCAGCAUAUUGUUCAGAGGGCGUUGAGUCUUUACCAGGCAGAUGGAGUUGGAAUGGCUGACUACGCUCUGGAGUCUCUGGGGGCAAGAGUUAUCAAGUCCAAGUGUUCAAAGACCUACCACACCAAGUCGCGAUACUUCAGCCUGUUCGGCAUACCACUGUGGUACAUGUCAGAGAGUCCACGCGCUGUUAUUCAGCCUGAGGUGCAUCCUGGGAAGUGCUGGGCGUUUGAGGGCAGCGAGGGGGUCUUCACCGUGGGCCUGUCCAUGCCUGUGCGCGUCACCCACGUGACGCUGGAGCACGUCCCCAAGAGCUUGUCCCCCUCCGGACACAUCGACAGCGCACCCAAGGACAUUGCUGUUUUUGGCUUCCCUGACUCUGCAGAGGCUGAGGAGGAAGGAGAGAUCCUGGGGAGGUUCACAUACGACGCGGACGGAGACCCCAUCCAGACCUUCCAGCUGCCGGACUCUGCGAAGGCCGUGUACCAUGCAGUGCAGUUGAGGGUUCUCACCAACUGGGGUAACCCUGAUUACUCCUGCAUCUACAGAUUCAGGGUUCACAGCAAGAUAACGCCACAAUGAAAAACGCACAAGCCUACACCCAUACACCUCCCUUUAUUUCUUUAUCUCUAUCCAUUAUUUUUCAUGGUGAUAAAUAAUAAAUGAUUUUUUUUUCUGUCUAA